GGCGAGGAAAACACGACGCCGCCAUCUUUGAUGCAGCUCCCGAUGUAUACAGAAGAAGCGCUCCGCGACAAAGCGUAAUUCGAAUGGUCCGCCAAGUGCCUCUGCCGCUGCCAAGUGACCCGGAGAACCGUGAAUAUAGCCCCGCAGAUACUGCCCAAGAAGAAAGUGCAACGAGUCGACCGCAGCGCACUGCCGCUCCCCCGGAAAAUUGCGUGUGAAAAUGGACAGUGGCGCCGCUCAACCCCCACCAGCUUGAGUCUCCGACGUUCUGGAGGAUGUGCGUUUGAAUCGCGAAAAUAAGGCAACAAAAAUGGCCACAACACAGGUGGUCACCUCCUGCGAGGGUGACCCGAACUUCGGGAUCAUCCUCUCGUUUAUGGAACAGUUCGGUCCGGUGCUGGAUGUCGGUGAUUGGAACAUCGCGGAGCUGAAAGCGAUGCUGGAGAACACGGAAUCCGUUCCACAGGCCCUGGUCGAUCUGCACAUCAAACUGAUGCGGAAGAUCAACAAAAAGGUCCCGCCUGCCAAGUGGGAAUUGAAUCUGGCCAAGUUUGCGCACUCCUACUCCCACCAGGACGCUUGGGAAAUAGAACGGUUUGGCUACAAAACGGCCAAUCUCGCCGUCAAGCUGCGAGUUCUGAAGGCACUGCUGGAAGGACAGUUCGAUUUAAACACAAAAUUCAAAACCCAAAUCAAUACGACCGUUGCCAAUGAGCUGCGGCUUGAUCCGUUGGGCCGUGAUCGACAGGGCAAUUCCUACUGGUACUUUAUGGACAACAGUGCCAAUCUGCAGAUCUAUCAGAUGGACGCCGAAAUGGAAUCCUGGACAUUAGUUGCCAGCAAUCGGGACGAAUUCGUCAAGAUGAUCGAGAUGUUGAAAGAGAAUCGACCCAUCGAACCACUUCCCGUGCCAGAGUUCGUCGAGGAAGAAGAGGACAGUGGCGCUGAUAGUACGAGCGAAUCGGAAGCGAUGAAACGGGGCAUGAUUCCUGCACCGACGGAAGCGCCACCGAGUCUCAUCAUAUCACGCCGCACGUACAAGACGGUGACGGAACAGACCGAUCAAUCAGCCGCGACUGACGCCGGUUCAGUGAAGGAGCAACGAAAAGAGAACGACAAUACGGCUAAAGAUGUGAAGAUGGAAGAAGACGCUGACCGUAAGAGUGAAGAGCGUCCUGCAGCGAAUGCCGCCCUGAAUGAUACCAAAACCGUCAAACAAAAGGAGGAACAACCGACAGAAACCUCGGCCCCGGGUCACGCGACCAAGGAAGAAUCUCUGGAACUGGAAAAACCGGUGAAGACUGAAAUGAACGCAAAGGAAUGUGAAGCAAUGAGUGUUGAUACGGAGCCAGAGCAGACGGACAGCGUGGAUGUUGCUACACCUGCUAAAGAGACGGAGGUACGAGAUGUAGCAAUGGAGGUCGAUGAGAAGCCAGAGGUGCCUUUACCAAAGGCUGAAAAGGAUGCUAGCCCCGGCGUUGCCGUAUUGCCGUCGGAUGCACCAGCGAAAGCUGAUUCCGAGGAGAAUCCACAGGAGGGCACCGAGGAAUCAUCUGACAAGGAAUCUCUCGCAGCUGACUCUAGGAAAGAAGCCAGCGAUAAACCAUCGGCGGAUAAGGCUACGGUUGGGGAGGCCAUAGAAGAUCCUCCUGUGAUGGUGUCCGGUGAAGGUAGCGGUGCUGAUUGCGAUAGCGCUACCGCUGCCGUUCAACCGAUGUUUAGCGAAGUGAUCGAAGAACCGAUCAUGUUUUUCUAUGGUCUCGGUGCUGGUGUCGAGAACGAUAUGGGCAACACAAAGAAGGUCGAGUCCGCGUUGGCCACAGCACACAAGGACACUGGCAAUAAUGGCGAAGGAACGAGCCUGUCUGGUGCGAAUGGUGAUGAAGCGGCAGAUGGCGGCACGGAUCCACCGACCGACGCCGACGCCGGGUCCGAGGUUGAUGGAAGCCGAAACGCACCGUUGAAAAAGAUCGCGAUCACCAAAGGGAACGAUACGCCGGAAGAAGAUCGGCAGCAUGUGAAGGUGGCGGCUGAAGAGGACGCGAAUGGCAACCAACGAGUGGCUGCUGCUAGUGAUGAUGAGGUCAAUGAGGAGACUGAAGCUAAGGAAGCACAUAAAGGUAAAUCAACGAGAGAAAAAGGCAAUGGUAGUAAACGGACAAAGAAACCGAACACACUGGCUACGGCCGAAGAGGAAGAACCAUCAGCCGAUGCGAGAGUGAGUGCAGCUUCGCGAGGAAAGCAAAAGACGGAAGUUCCUAGUGAGACCGGUUCGGUGAUGGUGGUUGAGAAGAAGCGUGGCCGGAAAGCGGCCACACCGCGUAAAGCGUCAGCGACUGUAGCAACGGUAGUGGUGAGCCAGGAAGCGGAAUCAUCUGAAGAUGCCUCGAUUAAGACCGAUGCCGGUAUCGUGGCCCAUCCUCUAAAAACGGACGAAGCUGUUGAGGCCGAUUUAAAGUUUAACAUCAAACGUGACGAGAAUGGUGGGGAUGCCAAACAUACGGAAUUCCCGACCGAGCCGGAGAAAACCCUGAAGCUGGAGAAGAAGGAAGAGGACAUUAAGGUGAAACUCGAACAAUCUGCGACUACGGUGGCCGUUAUGCAGGAUGCUUCAAAGCAGCAGGAGUCCUCAGUGGAUGGUGACGGUGAUGCGGGUACAAAGAACGAAGAAGCGUCCUGCAAACCAGUGACGAACGAUCAACAGAAGAAGCAGACUGAUCUAGAGAAGGCCGCAGAAGAGGGUGAGGCCGGCACUGCCGAGGGGGAAAGUCCUACGAAAAGAAAGCGUCGACAACGGAACGGUCUGGUUGAUGGUUUGGACAUAUCGAUGGUGCUGGAUGCCGGGGCUGACGGUGGUGGCACCGUACGUCAGUCUCGCCGGAUUGCGAUGCAAAAGAUCAAGGAAGAAAUGAACCGACGCCAGAUCGAGGACCAGAUGCUGAAGAAGAUGAAGGCCGAUGCGGUGCAGAAAAAGAAAGAUCUGGGAAUGCAGGUUUCGGACGAUGAUGAGUACCGUAAAUCGGCUUCAUCGGACAGUAGUAGUAGCACGGAUGGUGGCCUAGGCGGAGAAGGUGGAGGACGUCGCCGGAAGAAGAAAAGAAAGAAGAAGAAGGGAAGUCUGUUGCAGCAGCAGCAACAGGAGCAGCUGCUCCAGCAGCAGCUGAACAAGAAGAAUGCCAAGUGGAACAGCGCGACAUCGUCCGAGAGCAGCUCCGAGACGGAAGCCGAGGAUUAUUUUGCCGAUGAGCACUACCACUCGGAAGAGGACGUACGGCGGACGAAUGCACUCAAAUCGGACCACGAGUUUUCGCCCGAGUCGGAUCUGGAAUCGGAGGCACCGGCGCAACCGUUGAAACGGGCCCGUACUGCGCGCAAAGCGAAAAGAGUAACCCGUGAAGAGGCAGAGGAGGAAGAGGAGGAAGAAGAGGAUGAGAGUAAUGAAGAUCAUGCGUGCCAGGAGUGCAAGAAGAUGGAUCAACCGGAGUGGAUACUGCUGUGUGACUCGUGUGACAAGGGUUACCAUUGUGCGUGCCUGAAACCGGUCCUGUUUACGAUCCCCGAAGGCGACUGGUUCUGUCCAGUGUGCCAGCAUCGUCAGCUGAUCGUGCGCUUGCAGUCUAAGCUCGAUCUAUUCGAUGCGCUACAGGCAAAGCUAGCAGCCGAAGAAAGGCGGCGCCGAGAGGAGGAACAGGUUGCGCGCGAAGCCGAACUAGCCGAGCAAGCGUUGGCGAACGAGCGCGAAGCGAGGUUACGGGCGGAGAAACGUGCCAGGCAGCAGCAGCGAUUACUGGAGCGCGCCGAUGCUGCAGCUGAUCGACGAUCGGCAACAGGUAGCAGCGAUUCCGAGAGCGAUGGGGAUGACGAUGACGGUGAGGAUGCCAGGGAACGGAAGGAGGAGAGUAAGCGGCAAAAGCGUAAACGCCGGCAACGUCAAAGUCGUUCCGCGGCCAAAAAACGUCGCUCCGUUAGCGCAUCCGUGAGCGAUCGGUCGGAAAAUGGCAGCCACAGUGGCAGUGGCUCGAACACGGAAGAUUCCGAUGACAUACCGAUCUACAAGCUGCGCCGUCGUGCAUCGGCCAAGGUGAGCUACAAGUUUAACGAGUACGAUAAUCUCAUCGACUCGGCGAUACGGCGCGAGAUGAGGAAUUGCGAAGUUAUCAACGAUCAGGAGGAGGAGGACGAGGAUGAUGAUCAUCGGCGGCCGGCGGACGAGGAUGAGGAAGAGGAUGAGGAAGGCUAUGGUAUGUCGAAAGGCAAGGACAUCAGUACAAUCAUCGAGGCGACGGCACGAGAGGAAGCAGCUCGCAAGAAGGCACUUUUAGGUGACAACAACAAGGAUGCCAUAGACAAAGCAGGCGCCGACGGUGACGACGACGACGACGAAGGACGGCUUGUCAAUGGUGGUAGCGAUGACGGUGAAACGAACGCCGCUUCUCGCAAGGCCGAUCGCGUGGUCGAUGAAGAUGAGGAUAGCGAGGGAGUAACGGGUGUGAGGCCGAAAGCGACUACCGGCGGCAAGAAUCGUGGAUCAGCGGGAAGUCAGGCACAGAAGAAGCGCAAAAAGAAGAAAAAGCUUUGCCAAAUCGAGCUCAGCUCCGAGGAGGAAGCCGGAGACGAUGAUUCCGAUGAGGAUUUCAGGGGUGAUGUAAGCGGUUCCGAGGACGACGAAGACGAGGAAGAGGACGACGAUGACGACGAGAUGAACAGUAUGUCGGGUGAUAGCGAAAGUUCGCUAGAGGUGCGCGGUCGCGGUAGCCGGGUACGAAAGCCGAGUGGACGAGCAGCGGCCACCAAGCGGCGAAGGAUUGUGGAAAACUCGGACGAUUCCGACGAGGACGAGGAUGAAGACGCGGAUCGACGAAGAAAGCCAGCGAAGGGAGGGCGCAAGGGUCGUGUUCUGGAGGAUAGCGACGAGGAUCUCGAUCUGGAUGAUGAGGAGGACGACAGUGAAGACUACGAUAGUGACGAUCUGUGCAGUGACACGGAGACGGAACUGAGCCGGAGUAGUAGCAGUGGUUCCAGCAGCAGCAAUAGCAGCUCCGGUGCCAGCAGCAGCGAUGGUGACUGGCGUAAGAAGAAGAAGAAAAAGAAAGACAAAAAGUCAAAGUCGAAAGGAAAGGCUUCGAAGGCUACCGGUAGCAGUGGUGGUGGUGGCGCUGGCGCUGGAAAGCAUAUUGAGCGUCCGAAGAAAGCGUCCACUGGAAAGGGAUCGGGGGCAAGCCGAGGGAAGAAAGGACUCGUCGCUGGCAGCUCUGACCGUAGCGCAAGUGAUCACAGCAGUGAGAGUGGAAGUGAUGUUGGCGGAAAGGGGGGCAAAACGAUGCCCCGGAUUGCGAAGAAACAGGGCAAGAAGACCGGACCGGCGGGUGCGACGGGUGAUAGUGAAGGCUCGGUUGGCGCUGGUGAGAAGAAGACGGACCGGAAGACACGCGGCAAGAAGAUCCAUUACAUCGUGGACGAGGAUUUCGAAAGUUCGGAUGAUGGUAUCCGGCCGGGUGUGCAGCGACCCGAUACACCGCCGGAAGAGCGCGAACAGUUCAUACGGCGUCAGGAGGAAAUCAAGCGUAUGCUCGCGGAGAACAAUGCGGCCAAGGCGAAGGAGUUGGCAACUUCCAAGAUUGACCAGCUGGUUGGUAGCGGUGGCGGUGCUGGUGCUGCAGCUGCCGGUAGUCGAUCGGCGUUGAAGGAUGGUUCCAAGGAUUCGUUGUCGGUCGUGCCGAUGCAGGUGAUUGAAAGCGCCCGGGUGCUGGAUAUUGAUUUCCUAAAGAGCACCAGUGGCAACACGGCACGCAUCGCUACCGUCGACUCGGUGGUCGAUUUUGAUGACGAGCUGCCGGAGGAUUUCGAUCCGGACGACGAGAUGGAUGACGAGGCGCUUGCUAAGAUCAUGGAGGAAGAGGACUUUGCGCAUCAUCAGCUGAAACCGAGCGCAGUAGCGGUACCCGUUACACCCGGUGCAGCGGAUGUGCCUCCCUCGGCAGCUGUGGCGUCCUCCACUGGACCUAAAAGUAGACGAAAAUCGAUCGAUCCGGACGAGUUUGCUCUUCUGCAGCAGCAGCAGCAGCAGCAACAACAACAACAACAUCGGGCAUCUGCUAUUGCUCGUGUCCCGGGAGCCCAUGGUAAAGAACAUGCACACUCUCCCCACCUUCCUCAAGCUGCCUCGCAGUUGCCAGUUAACCUCUCGCCAUCCGGACCACCACCCUACUCAGCGAUCGUGCAAAGUCCAAUGAAGGCCUUACUGAAGACACCACCAGGUCCGGCACCACCGCCACCGAUUACCGGUGGCAUCCCAACGUCUACCAUCAUAUCUCCAAAUGUGGCGAGUACGGGAGGAGGGGCUUCCACCAUUUUGGCCAACGCUUUACAGACCGUACCACCCAUACCACCGCACCAUCAUCAUGGACCGCAUCCUGCAACAUUACCUCCGCCCCCGUUGCUUAAAGAACCGCAUAUGAGCGGCCGGCCCGAUGUACUAAUGCGCCACGGUCCGGGUCUGGGUCCGAGUAACCUUCCACAUCCAUCACUCUCAUCGCUUGGUGUACCACCGGAACUGCACCAUAAACCGGAACUAGCACAUCUCAUCAGUGGGUUGACGGGUGUGCCUUUGCGCCUUCCGAAGGGUUCCGGUCCUCCGACACACCAUGCUGGUGGUGGUGUUGCUGGCGGACAUCAUCGAAUGCCGCCCGUUACCGGGGCUGGCAUCACGAUGCCUCCUUCGAUGCUUGGUCAUGCACCGCACCUGAAACCAUCUGCUGGACCUCCACCACCAUCAGCACCACCCGUAACGUCAAGCAAUAGUAUCGCCGCACACUCACAAGCACCAGCGGCCAGCACGGUGGCCAGCAACAGUAAUGCCGAACGACGAGCUGGACGAAGGAAAAAGAUUACCCCGCUGAGGGAAGAUCUGAAGCGAAAGGGUGCCGGUGGUUUGCCUGCUGAUACUCCUAUUCCAGCUGCUCAUCAGGAGGCCCCUGCCGCAGUGCCGCCGUCUUCACAAUUACCGCUACCACCACCACCCCAUCAUCAUUCGCAGCAGCCUCCCUUCUUAGCACAUCCUCAACAUCACCCACACCAUCAUCUCGGAGGAAGCCAUGGUGUGCCAAGGUUACCAUCGCACGGAGCUACGGGCCCACCAGUACGUCCACCACCCACCAUUACAAGCAGCCAUAAUACCGCUCAACAGAAUGCUUCGGCCAUAGCUGCUGCGGCGGCAGCUGCUGCCGCAGUGCAGGAGCUAGCAAUCAAGGUCCAACAGACGCGACCCGAUGGAGCACCCGGUGGCAAUAAUAGCAGUAACAACAGCGGUGGCAGCAACAGCGGUAGCAACAUGCACAUCAAUGAACCUCCCAUCUCGGUACCUUCUUCGGUAUCACACCUUUCUUACCUAUCGGAAAACCCACUGUUUGCACAUCGACUCGGUCCAUUGCCCAGCAGUAUUCUUGCAUCCAGCAGUUCCAGCCUGCAGCGAAUAGCCGCGAUGAGCGGAGCAGGUCCACCAUUCGGUGAUCCGGCUGCAUACAAUGGUGGUUGGAAACAGCCACCAGGUAAACCUAAAACAACGGUUGGAAGUGGUCCAGGCGCACCACCACCGGGAAUGAUGGUUGGUCCACCGGUUGGACCAUUGGAACACUAUCAUGAUUACAAUCCCGCAACCCAUUACAAUCCGUACUACAAUGUGCUGGAUCGUGCGCAUCAUUUGAGGCCACCCAGCAUUGGUGAGCUGCACCGGACUAGCACGCUUUCGCCUACUACCUUUACCACACUGCAGCCCGUUGAUGCCUAUCAGCAUGGAUUGAAACCGGCCAAUGAACCUCCUCCUCCUCAUCAUCAUCAUCACCAUCCGCACCAUCACCAUCCACAUCAUGCUGCAGCGACGGCCGCCGCCGUAGCCGCAGCUGCCGCGGCCGCUGCCGCUGCGUCUUCUGCUACAGCGGCUCCAUCUCCGGCCACUUCCUCGUCGGCCAUCACAGCGGUGGAUGAUUCGAGCAAUUCGGGCGGUGGGGAUCGGCUAACAACACGGCCCCCUUCGUCAUCCAGCAGCACAGCCGCGCCACCACCGGAGACGGUUGUGGCUGCUGUGGCUGCUGCUGCUGUUCCGACGGCAGCUUCAUCAUCGUCCGUUUCAUCCGUCUCACCUACGACGGUGGCGGAAUCGAUGGCCACCCCUCCAUCGGCGGCCCCGGUGGCUGCACCAUCAACCAGUGCUAGCACUAGCGUCUUUGGUGAGCUAGUAAGCUAUUUCAGUUCCCAGCAAGACGAUCUAGAUUCGUAAUGUAUUUAUAUUUAUCGCGUAUAAUUAUCGCGCAAUUGCGGGUCGAGAGAUGUGAGCAGUGUUAUCACUAGAAUCAAACUGUAGCGCUACCGUAGUACAGGACAGGAGCCUCAACUCCCAUUUAAAAAGAAAAACCCUUCAACCACCAAACCGCGGUCACCUUUCGUAGCCCGCGCUCACGUCCGCGUAUACUACAAAUAAUCCACUAUCCUUAUUUAGUAGAUCCUGGAGAGAUGGUCCGGUGCAAAAGAUGGCCAAGCCGGUGUGUCAGCGUGUGCAUCAGCGGCGGUGGUUGGUAGAAGAAAAUAUAUUUGUUUGUAAGCAAAAAAAGUUAUAACAAACUCACAAGAGAACGGGGCAUUGCUGAAGAAAUAGAGUAAAGU